CGACAACAUACUUCCGGUUUCACUUUUGGUAAAAAUAUCAAUCGUCUGCUUAGAGGAUUGCGCCUAAUUAGAACCGUGAUUGCAUUCAUUUGGUGCCAAAAUAUACAGAGUGAAGAUGGAGUGUGACACUUGGUCACCUAUUGCAUUAACAUACAAUCCUCUCGCAGCAGGCAGCAUUGAUACCACUGAUAAGGAUCCUCAUGAUCGUGGCAUUGUCAGGGCCAUGAAUGCCAAAUACCGACCCAACAAAGAUGUUGUAGGCAAUCCAGAAAAUACUGUGUUUAUUGCUAGACUUAAUCCAAAGACUACAGAGGAUACUAUUGAAUCAAAAUUUUCAAAGUAUGGAGACAUUGAAAGACUCCGAUUAGUGAGAGAUUUGGUAACAGGAUUUUCAAGGUGUUAUGCUUUUGUGGAAUAUCAAAACGAAAAGUCAGCUUACAGGGCUUCUAAAGAGGCUGAUAAAAUUGAACUUGAUGGUUGUGAAAUUUUUGUAGACAUUGAAUGUGAGAGAAAAUUGAAAGGAUGGAUACCAAGACGUCUAGGUGGUGGACUAGGUGGAAAAAAGGAAUCAGGUCAGCUGAGGUUUGGUGGCAAGGAUAGGCCUUUCCGAAGACCUCUGGAUUUGAAAAUGAGAUUAAGAACUGAACAUUAUGGCAGAGAUAGAACAAGAUUCCAGGAGGAUUUUCGUUCAAGAUCUGAAUAUAGACAUGAUGGAAGACGACAUGACAGGUUUGAGAAAGAAUCUUCAGACAGGUUUUCAUCUGGAAAGCACCAGGAAGAUAGAGAAAGACAAAGUGGCAGAGAAUAUAGUGAUUCAUCUGGCAGAUCUAGGGAAGAUAGAGAUAGAUCUGUGGCGGGGCGGUCUAGGGAGGACAAAGAUAGCUUUAGGUACAGACACAGUGAGAGAGAUUACUCUAGGGACAGGUCUCCUACAUCAUCUAAAGAUAGGUAUAAAGACCAGCGAGAUCACCAACGAUCACGUCACAGGAGGAGUAGGUCAAGGAGUAGAGAUAGAUAACUGAUGAUAAUACUGAUCAUGUCACAGGAGGAGUAGGUCAGGGAGAUAGAUAACUGAUGGUAAUACUGAUCACGUCACAUGAGGAGUAGGUCAGGGAGAUAGAUAACUGAUGAUAAUACUGAUCACGUCACAGGAGGAGUAGGUCAGGAAGAUAGAUAACUGAUGAUAUUACUGAUCAUGUCACAGGAGGAGUAGGUCAGGGAGAUAGAUAACUGAUGAUAAUACUGAUCACGUCACAGGAGGGGUAGGUCAGGGAGAUAGAUAACUGAUGAUAAUACUGAUCACGUCACAGGAGGAGUAGGUCAGGGAGAUAGAUAACUGAUGAUAGUACUGAUCACAGGAGGAGUAGGUCAGGGAGAUAGAUAACUGAUGAUAAUACUGAUCACGUCACAGGAGGAGUAGAUCAGGGAGAUAGAUAACUGAUGAUAGUACUGAUCACGUCACAGGAGGAGUAGAUCAGGGAGAUAGAUAACUGAUGAUAAUACUGAUCAUGUCACAGGAGGAGUAGGUCAGGGAGAUAGAUAACUGAUGUUAAUACUGAUCACGUCACAGGAGGAGUAGGUUAGGGAGAUAGAUAACUGAUGAUAGCACUGAUCACGUCACAGGAGGAGUAGAUCAGGGAGAUAGAUAACUGAUGAUAAUACUGAUCACGUCACAGGAGGAGUAGAUCAGGGAGAUAGAUAACUGAUGAUAAUACUGAUCACGUCACAGGAGGAGUAGGUCAGGGAGAUAGAUAACUGAUGGUAAUACUGAUCAUGUCACAGGAGGAGUAGGUCAGGGAGAUAGAUAACUGAUGAUAAUACUGAUCAUGUCACAGGAGGAGUAGGUCAGGGAGUAGAGAUAGAUAACUGAUGAUAAUACUGAUCAUGUCACAGGAGGAGUAGGUCAGGGAGAUAGAUAACUGAUGAUAAUACUGAUCACGUCACAGGAGGAGUAGGUCAGAGAGAUAGAUAACUGAUGAUAAUACUGAUCAUGUCACAGGAGGGGUAGGUCAGGGAGAUAGAUAACUGAUGAUAAUACUGAUCAUGUCACAGGAGGAGUAGGUCAGAGAGAUAGAUAACUGAUGGUAAUACUGAUCAUGUCACAGGAGGAGUAGGUCAGGGAGAUAGAUAACUGAUGAUAAUACUGAUCACGUCACAGGAGGAGUAGGUCAAGGAGAUAACUGAUGAUAAUACUGAUCAUGUCAUAGGAGGAGUAGGUCAAGGAGAUAGCGCUAUAGAUAACUGAUGAUAAUACUGAUCACGUCACAGGAGGAGUAGGCCAGGGAGAUAGCGCUAUAGAUAACUGAUGAUAAUACUGAUCACGUCACAGGAGGAGUAGGUCAGGGAGAUAGAUAACUGAUGAUAAUACUGAUCAUGUCACAGGAGGAGUAGGUCAGGGAGAUAGAUAACUGAUGAUAAUACUGAUCACGUCACAGGAGGAGUAGGUCAGGGAGAUAGAUAACUGAUGAUAAUACUGAUCACAGGAGGAGUAGGUCAGGGAGAUAGAUAACUGAUGAUAAUACUGAUCACAGGAGGAGUAGGUCAGGGAGAUAGAUAACUGAUGAUAAUACUGAUCAUGUCACAGGAGGAGUAGGUCAGGGAGAUAGAUAACUGAUGAUAAUACUGAUCACGUCACAGGAGGAGUAGGUCAGGGAGAUAGAUAACUGAUGAUAAUACUCAUCACGUCAUAGGAGGAGUAGGUUUUUACUGGAUAAUCCAGUAUUUGUAUACAUGAGAGACUGAAACGCAUAGGAUCUACGAUAUUUCAUCACAAAUAGGUUGUCUGUUUUAAUAGAUAUAAACAUGUUGAAAAUCGUACAAUAAUGAUGAAUUGGCAUAAAACAAACAUUAAUGUCUUAGUUAUCAUUAUGACAGGGAAAAAAGUAAUUCAAAUGCAUUUAUUCAACUUGAGAGUCAUUUCCCUGAAAACUUGACAUACACCGUAUAUCUUUCGUGUGAAUAUCGUAGAUCCCAUGACAUUAAUAAAUCUUUCAUUUGACUAAGAAAAACAAAAGAACUUUCAUUUGGUAUUUGCUUUCCAGCUAAAAUCAUUUUGAGGACAUUAUGAACUCAAACUAGAUGAUGUUUUUUGUCUAGAUAAAAUAGUUACUAACCAAAGGGUUUACCGCAGUAUUCAAGUAAUUCAGAAUUACAAAUGUAUGUACAUGUUUUGUAUUUUUUCUCAUUGUCUAUGUAUAUCUAUAGUGUUAAUGGUAUUUAUCAUGUCAUGAACUGCAAAAGUAUAUGCCUCAGCAUCAAUUGUAUGAGUAAUUUUAAUGUCAAUGACUGCCUAGUGGUCAAAACAUGUCGAUACAUUCAUUGAUAUAUGGAUACAGAUUAUUAUACCUCAAUAUCCAAAUCCUUGUCCUCCUCCAGGGCUGACGUCACUGCAGGUUUGGUUUAUGUUGUAGGGAGUUUCAGCUGUUUACCCCUCUUUGUGUUAGUGAUAACUUUUUUAUAUCUUGCCUACUUUCUGACUAAUGGAUCAUACAAUUUAUGUGACAUCUUGUAGACAUGUAACAUGUAAACCCAAAAAUAAAACUCACAACUGUUA